AUGUUCGGCAUUGAGGAUGACUCAGUCUUCUCUGACUUUGAAGAAAGGGAGCUUGAGACUCCUUCCUCAAGGAAGGAACUAGAUGGAGGAAUUAUCUACGUAUCCCGGGAACUCGGGAUGCCCAGGGAAUGGGGAGCACCCGUCUUAUGCGACUUUGGCUCUGCUAUGCCUGGCGGCAUAGAACAUUUCGAAGACAUCCAGCCUAAUAUCUAUCGAGCCCCGGAGGUGAUUCUGGAAGCCCCACGGACUUAUAGUGUUGAUAUAUGGAAUGUGGGAUGUAUGAUUUGGGACCUGUUUGAACGCGAGUCGUUGUUCUCUGGAUAUGACGCAGAAAAUCAGACUUACCGAAGUCGAGCUCAUCUCAGCGAGAUGAUAAGCCUCCUCGGACCUCCUCCACUCAGUUUGUUGGCCCAAGGGAAAUCAGGCCAUAAAUUUUUCUCUAGUGAAGGUAGGAAAUUUGCUUACGAUUUCCUGGAUAAACCCGGAACCCGCUCCCUUUACCUGGUUUUCUAG